AGCCGGAGACCGGGACGGCAGGAAUCCCCCACCCGAACUACACGAAAACGAAAUACGGGGCACAGAUGAAACACCGUUGAGUUGUCACAAGCACACGAUCAUCAACAGAGAGGGCCCGCCUCUCGUUUCAGUUACCGCCCCCUCGUCCUCCGUGGCUCCGCUCCUGAACUCUCUCCCACGUCAAUCGGUAGACACGACGCAAUCCAUCUCAGGUUUGCUUUUGCUUUUCCUGCUCCGUGCUCCGGAAUCCGAUACGACCUCUCAAACAAGUGCCCUGCUCACGGAUGCUGCAGACCUUACGUAUAUAAGUGUUUCACCACCCCCAACUACAGGCCUCCUCUCUUUUCAAUAUGUCUACAGCCCAAGACGAGUUCAAUCAGCUCUUCAGCAAUCGAGAGAAGAACUUGUCCCAUCCCGAGGACAGGAACAAUCUCUCUGACAACGACCCCUCCCCUGACCCGCACGACCAAGACCACUUCGAGCACUCCGACUCCGAGGACAUGGCAGCCAUGACCUCCCGAACAACCAGCUACACAGUCCCCAACACCCGAUUCGAAGCUAAUACAGGCCCCAAGGGUGUCAUUGCAGACGCCCAGGCUUUCGAGCGUGCCCGCCGAACGAAUUUCCGCAAGUCAUUUGUCUCCGGCAACUCGGCCGCGCAGCGCUCACACCACCACUCAUCCUCCAAGUCAUCCGGCGACGCUCGACUCCUCCACAAUUCCCCACCAGCUGAUGGAUCAGGUAGCGAUCUCGACGAGGACGAGGACACUUUUUUGCGCCGAUGGCGCGAAUCACGCAUGCAGGAGCUGCAGAGCAUGAAGGCUAAACGGCCUAGUGCCCGGCGGAGAUAUUAUGGAUCGUUGGAAACGGUCGAUGCGGCGGGGUAUCUGGAUGCAAUUGAGAAGGUCCCAGCGGACCAGGUUGUCGUCGUUUGUCUUUAUGACCCCGAGUCCAACACCAGCGCCCUCGUCGAAGACUGCCUGCACACGAUUGCUUCUCGCCAACAACUAGUACACUUCGUCAAGCUCCACUACGAGAUUGCGGAAAUGGAUAACAUUGAGGCCCCCGCGUUACUAGCAUACCGGGGCGGAGACGUCUUCGCAACCAUUGUCCAGAUUCCGCAGCAGAUUCCCAAAGGUCGAAGCUGCAGCGCGGAUAGUCUUGAGGACUUACUAAAAUCACAUCGAGUGCUGUAAACUAUCUCGUCUUCUCCCAUUUUCAUUUGUCUUGUCAUCUGCGUACAUACAUUUUUUAUUGUUUUGCUUCUUCGUUUUUCUUCUGCUCGGAGUUCAGGAUAGGACAGGUAGGGUAGGCAAUUUGGCUUUACUGGUCAGUCAUAAUUUCAGCAUGCGUCUUAUGCCGCUUACUAGCUUCUCUGUUUCAGCUGGGCUAUUUUUGUACAUAGCAUACUCACAACGUAAUAUGAUAUUCGAUCAGCUUCGAA